GUUCAAAUAUUUUUACCAAACAUUUCUAAAUAUAUUGAUUAGUUUAUUAAAUGAAUUUCUAAUGGAGGAGAGAAAAGACAUGUCAACAUCAGAAGGCGAUAUUUGUAGGCACUCAGAGAUGAAGUGUGUUGCGUUGCUGAUGCCACCUGUCUCCUCCUCCUCCAUCAUUUGCCUCCUUCUUCUUCAAACCAAUUUCUUCUUCUUCUUCUCUCAGGUUUGAGUCUGAGGCAUCACAACAGAUAAAGUCUUGAACUUUGAUCAAGAAUUCUAAACGGAGUUUUUGCUCUUCUCGUCGGUGAAAGAAAAAUCGAGAUGGGUUCAACUCCGUUUUGCUACUCUAUCAAUCCAUCUCCAUCAAAGCUUGAUUUCACGAGGACCCAUGUGUUUAGUCCUGUUUCUAAACAGUUUUACUUAGAUUUAUCAUCGUUUUCCGGAAAACCCGGAGGAGUAUCUGGGUUUAGGAGCCGUCGAGCUUUGCUCGGAGUAAAGGCGGCGACGGCGUUAGUUGAGAAGGAGGAGAAGAGAGAGGCGGUGACGGAGAAGAAGAAGAAAUCGAGGGUUUUAGUUGCCGGAGGUGGAAUCGGAGGAUUGGUGUUUGCUUUAGCGGCUAAGAAGAAAGGAUUCGAUGUGUUAGUGUUUGAGAAAGAUUUGAGUGCUAUAAGAGGAGAAGGAAAAUACAGAGGCCCGAUUCAAAUACAGAGCAACGCUUUAGCUGCUUUGGAAGCUAUUGAUAUUGAAGUUGCUGAACAAGUUAUGGAAGCUGGGUGUAUCACUGGUGAUCGGAUUAACGGUCUCGUUGAUGGUAUCUCUGGUACUUGGUAUGUAAAGUUUGAUACUUUCACUCCUGCGGCGUCACGGGGACUUCCUGUGACUAGAGUAAUUAGUAGAAUGACUCUGCAGCAGAUUCUAGCACGUGCGGUUGGAGAAGAUGUGAUUAGAAACGAGAGUAAUGUUGUUGAUUUUGAAGAUUCUGGAGAUAAGGUUACUGUGGUACUCGAGAAUGGUCAACGCUAUGAAGGUGAUCUGCUUGUGGGUGCAGAUGGCAUUUGGUCUAAGGUGAGAAAUAAUUUGUUUGGCCGUAGUGAAGCUACUUAUUCAGGCUACACUUGUUACACGGGGAUUGCAGAUUUUAUACCAGCGGAUAUCGAGUCUGUUGGCUACCGGGUUUUCUUGGGACACAAACAGUACUUUGUUUCUUCGGAUGUUGGUGGUGGAAAAAUGCAAUGGUAUGCAUUUCACGAGGAACCAGCUGGUGGGGCUGAUGCUCCAAAUGGUAUGAAGAAAAGGUUGUUUGAAAUAUUUGACGGUUGGUGCGACAAUGUACUCGACUUGUUGCAUGCGACUGAGGAGGAAGCCAUUCUGAGAAGAGAUAUUUAUGAUAGAAGUCCUGGUUUUACUUGGGGUAAAGGGCGUGUUACGCUGCUCGGGGAUUCUAUCCAUGCGAUGCAGCCAAAUAUGGGUCAAGGUGGAUGCAUGGCCAUUGAGGAUAGUUUUCAACUAGCAUUGGAGCUUGAUGAAGCAUGGAAACAGAGUGUUGAAACGACUACACCUGUUGAUGUUGUUUCCUCUUUGAAAAGAUAUGAGGAAUCUAGAAGACUGAGAGUCGCUAUUAUCCAUGCAAUGGCGAGGAUGGCUGCAAUUAUGGCUUCCACUUACAAAGCAUACUUAGGUGUUGGGCUUGGUCCUCUGUCUUUCUUGACAAAGUUUAGAGUACCACAUCCAGGAAGAGUUGGUGGUAGAUUCUUCGUUGACAUUGCUAUGCCAUCGAUGCUUGACUGGGUCCUUGGAGGUAACAGUGAAAAACUCCAAGGAAGGCCACCUAGUUGCAGACUCACUGACAAAGCCGAUGACCGGCUUCGAGAGUGGUUUGAAGAUGACGAUGCUCUUGAACGUACUAUAAAGGGAGAAUGGUAUCUAAUUCCACACGGCGACGAUUGUUGCGUUUCGGAAACAUUAUGUCUAACCAAAGAUGAAGAUCAACCUUGCAUCGUCGGAAGCGAACCAGAUCAAGAUUUUCCUGGAAUGCGCAUUGUGAUCCCUUCGUCUCAGGUUUCGAAGAUGCAUGCUCGUGUGAUUUACAAAGACGGAGCUUUCUUCUUGAUGGAUCUUCGAAGCGAACACGGAACCUAUGUGACCGAUAACGAAGGAAGAAGAUAUAGAGCAACACCGAAUUUUCCCGCGCGGUUUAGAUCGUCCGACAUCAUCGAGUUUGGUUCAGAUAAGAAGGCGGCGUUUAGGGUGAAAGUAAUCAGGAAAACUCCGAAAUCGACGAGGAAGAAUGAGAGUAACAACGAUAAAUUACUUCAGACAGCUUGAAAUAAGUAAACCGAUGGUGAAAUUAAGUAAUUUUAAUCGGUUUGGCAGAUAAUUUGAGUAGUAAUUUUCUCAAAAGAAAAAAAAUCUGCUUUCAGCUAUUCCUUGCAUGACAAUGUAUAUAUAGGUCUGAAACAAAAUAUAAAUUAUACAAGACAUUAAUCUUCAUUUCUUCAACUUCCAGGCAACAAUAAUCUAAUUUUGAUUACUAAAAGGUAAUUAUAUUAUCAAAUUGUUUACUUUUCUUUUCAAAUGAACAAAAAACCACAAGAUGAUAAG